AUGGCUAUAAAAGCGGAGUUCACUCACUAUUCCAGUCAUUCAACACCGAGUACUCAGAAACACAUUAUACUUUAUAAACUUACCAAGACCAGUUUACUGAAAAUGAAAGGUUUCGCAGUGUUUGUCCUUUUAAUGAGUCUAUCGCUCGUGUACUCCAAACCCAUUGGGUUUACCGGUACUGACGACUACACGAGUGGCACUCAUGGAGUCACCGGUACUCAAGACUACUCCAGACCUACGCACGACUACUCGGGUACCCCUGACACGACUGGUGGGACUCAUGACUACUCCGGAACUCCUGACACCACAGGGCGUACUCACGACUACUCCGGAACUCCAGAUACUACCGGUCGGACUCACGACUACUCAGGCACUCCUGACACUACUGGACGUACUCAUGACUACUCGGGAACCCCUGACACUACUGGA